ACGCAAAGAUGGCGGAAGCGGUUGCGGCCGUUUGAAUUCCAGCAGAGCCGCCAAAGCUGCGCACAAAGGAGCCGGAGCCGAGUCUGGUCUUUGGGUCCGAGUGUCGGCAGCGGGAUGGAUUCUCUACCAGGGGAAGACAUGACGCUGCCUGUGGGCUUCGAAGCCAGUGUCUCCGUGAUGCCGGACAUCUCCCGUGAGGGCCCGCAGCUUGAGCCGGCCGGCUGCAGAGGAUUACCAGAUGUGGCAGAAGACACAGUCUCACCAACCAGAGCUCGGACCAUGAAGGACUAUGAAAACCAAAUCUCUGAUCUGAAAAAGGAGAACUUCAACCUGAAGCUUCGUAUAUACUUCCUGGAAAUGCAAAUGCAGCAGAAGUUUGAUGGUCCCACUGAAGAUAUGUACAAAAUUAACAUUGAGCUGAAAGUUGAGAUAGAAAGUCUGAAGCGUGAUCUGCAGGAGAGAGAGAAGCUGCUCAUCAAGGCCUCAAAGGCAGUUGAAAGCCUGGCCCAGGGUGGUGAUGCUGAAAUACAGCGUGUGAAAGAGGAGGCACAAAAGAAGUUACAAGAAAUGGAAGGAAUCUUGACUGGCAGAAUAAACCUUCUGGAGGAGAAUCUUAAGGCUGCCCAAGAAGAGGUGGAAAAAGCCAUUGCAAUGACAGAGAAGGAAAAAGCAUUGAGACUUGCUGCAGAGCAGGAACUUUCUUCACUUACAGAUGCUCCUGUAAAGGAUCUGGAUAUGAUUGCAGAAGCAGAGAAGGACAGACUUAUAGAGCAACUGAAUCUGUCUUUGAAAAGUAAAGAAGCUGUAAUUCAACAUCUUGAAGAGGAAAACUCUCGGAGCAGACCUGGUGAUGGGAACUUAGCAGCAGAAAAAAUGGAAGAACUUAUCAUUGCUUUGAGACGUGAAAAAGAUAGUGAGAUAGAGGCUAUUAAGAUGGAGCUUAGAAAUGAGAGAAAUUCCUUUGAAAAAAAAAUCCAGUCUCUCGAAGAAGAGUUGCAAGAGAGAGAAAAUGAGCUUACUGUUGAAAAGAAGAAUCGCUUGAAAAGGGAUAAAACCAUUCAAGGGUUAACUGUUGCACUAAAAGCAAAGGAAAAAGAGAAUGAAGAACUUGCUUCUGAAGUUGAAGCUCUCAGUGCUUCGUUGGCUAAGGCAAGAGAGGCGACUCAUCAAGCACACAUCCAAAAAUUCAAGGGUGCUGAGGAUUAUCAAGCUCUCCUGAUGGAAAAAGAGACCCUUUUAGCAGAGCUACGUUCAGAAAACCUCACAAAGGAUGCUGAGAAUCGUAAACUACAACGAAGGAUUAAAAGGACUGAUCAAGAGCUAAGUGAUCUGAAUUUAGAAAGAGAGAAAAUGGAGAAGGAGCUGGAUGAAGCACAGCUGCAGAAGAGCAGAAGUGACAAAACCAUUAAUGAUCUUAGAAAUCAAGUAGAGAAAUUACACGGUGAAAUGGCUGAGAAGGAAAAAGCUGUUGAAGAUCAUUACAAUAUUCUUCUGAGCGAAUGCAAUCAGAAGUUACAGAGCCAAGAGCUGGUUAUCAAGCAACUAACAGACAACGUCAGUCAAAGGGAUCUGUUGCUCCAGAAAUCUGAUGAAACAAUUAAAGAAAAGGAAGCAGAAUUGCAAGAGCUGCUGAAUAAGUACAAGAACCUCCUAAGAGACAAUCAAGAACUUGAGCUGAAAAAUGAGGGCUUGGUAAAGGAAAAAUAUGCUGCCCAGUCUGAACAGUCAGUCAUCAGGAUAGUCAGAGAGUUAGAGGAUAAAAAAGAAUCUGAAUAUGAAAAGCUGAUCCUUGCUUUAAAAAAGGAACAGAAUAUUUAUUCGACGCUGGUGCAGACCUUUAAGGAAUCAGACAGUUUAAAUAGCUUGCAGACAGAGCUAAACAAGAUCUUUGUGUUACGGAAGCAACUAGAAGAUGACAUUCUAGCCACUCGGAAUCUACAGAAGGUCUUAGAAGAUCAGAUUAAUAAUGCUAAACACAGACAAGAUGAAACGCUAUCUUUCUGUGGAGAUCAAACAUCUUAUAUGAGUAUUUGCUUAGGAGAGCAAGAUAAUUUAAACCUGCAGAUAGACCAUCUGUCUCUUGAAGAACUUAAGAAAAAGGUUACUGAUCUUCUCUUGAUGGUUAAGGACCUGCUGUUAAUUAAUCAAGAGCUUAAGACGAAACAGCUUGGAUUCUUCACAACAGAUUCUCAAGGGAAGGAAGCAGGGAAGAUAUUAAACCAGAGUGAGUUUCUUGAAAUAACAGAAGAGCGGGUGAAGCAGACUGAAGAUGGUGACAAUGACAGCAAGAUGCAGAACAGUCAGUUUUAUGAGAGGGAAAGUCAGAUAUGCCUUCAUGAAUCCAUGGAUUGUCCUUCUGAGAUGGUUAAACAGAUAACUCCAUCAGGCUAUUCAGAGAGUUUCUGCAAAGGUAGACGUUACAGGAAUCCAAAUAAGCUUCAGUUUGAACAUGAUACAACUGGCAAACACUUUGGCAGAAUAGGGAUGAGUGAACAUGAAACAGAAGAGAUGAACUUGCUCACAUUUCUUUUGAGAGAAAAUAGAACAUCUAUACUUGAAUCUACCAGACAAGAACAAAUGAAAACUGUAAAUGAACUGUUAGAUCAUCUGAACACAACUGAGCAAGAGUGUUCAAGUGAAGACAUAGAGGAGAAGAAUGAAAAAGAUCUUAGGCAGAUGAUUAUUCAACUAAGAGCUGAACUCAAACGUUUCAAGCAGGCCAAUAAAUUCUUAAAGCAGCAAGCAGAAUUAAAAUCAACUUUUGAUGGGAAAGAGAAGCUUCAUGCAGAUGCGGUGCCACAGAUUAAUAAGGAUAUUGAGUUGCUGAAAGCGGAACUGAAAGAUGCAGCUACACAAACAAUGACUUUAGAGGGUAAUGUCAUGAGAUUUAAAUUUGAAAGCAAUAAAGGAGCCUCGGAAGGAAGAACAAAAUAUUCAAGAUUAAAUGCAGAAGGGGAACUUCAGCAGGAAAACGCGUGUAAGAAGAGCGAGCAGCAUGAAAGAGGCUUUUUUUCGAGGAGAACAAAUGAAACUGAUGCUGCUCACCUGCUGAGGAAGUCCCGGCUGCCUGUUCUGCUACGAUCAUCCAGACCAGUAGGAAACUGGCCUGCGAGCUCCUCUGUGCACAGGUUGGAUUCAGAACUCUGGCAUCACACCGGAGCACCUUACAAAGGUCUGAAGGCAUGUGAGAUUCAAACCAAGCAACUUCAGCCACAAGGAAAUGGAGAGUUGCUAUUGCACGAGUCUGGAGCUGAAGACCUGCAAGAGGAGCCUGAACAGGAGAGCACAUUAGUGAGAGGUGACUCGUUCAGCAAAGCAGACAGCAGUGGGGCCCAGGUUGAACCACAGGAUGUCGAAUGUGGUACAGGGAGCAAGAAGGGAUGCGUGAUGUACAGAAAUCAGCAGAACUGUCAAGAAAUGGAAAAUCAUCAUGACAUUAGCGAUGUGAAUAUCCAGCAUUCAUUAAAAGAAAUAAAUGAAGAGCUUUAUUCAAUGGAACAUGAGGACAUUGACUCAGCCACAGCACAUUCGGGUUCCAAGUGUCUUCGUUCUCUCAAAUUGAGUGUAACAAGCACAGAUGCACUUGAUGACUGUGAAGUCGUAGAUGAUACAGAAGAACUGAAACAAAGAAUUAAGAAAAUGCAGUCUGAACUUGAAAAGUACAAAAUGUUCGUAUUUCAUUUGCAGACCUCUGACCAGCUUUUAUUGAGUGGUAUUUCCAAUGCAGUUCUAAGUGAUGCAGCUUUGCCUGCGGAAGGACGUUUUGUACAAGAUAUGGCUGUGCAAGAAAUCAAACCAUUUUCUGGUUUACAUCAGCUGAUGAUGGACUACGAGAUUUGCACAGAAAAUAGGAAUUCACAGUCUUCAAAAAUACAGACCUUGUGGCCAGCUCAAAACUGUAAGGAAAUACUUGCAGCUAAUGAGACAGACCUCAAAAAAGAGCAGGUUGCAGAUAUGCGUCCUGAAGAAGUGUAUUGUCUUCAAAACAAAUUGAGAGACACAUCACCAUCCAAAUAUGAUUCAUUAGUUCAUUCACAAGCUCGAGAGCUUUCCUUCCAACGCCACCAAAUUAAAGAGAUCCGCAGUGGCUGUGUCACUUACCAUCAGCAUCUGACGAGCCUGAUUAAGGCUUUUGAGGAGCUGCUUCAAGCCAGCGAUGUAGAUUAUUAUGUUGCUGAAGGCUUCCGUGAGCAGCUGAAUCAAAGUAUGCUGUUGUUUGAGAAGUUGGAAAGGAAACUCCUGUAUGGAGAGUCAGUAGGUGCAGAAGUUACCGUACUUUAUGAAUUAGCUCAAAGGGAAAACGAGAAGAAUGCCACAAUGUAUGCGGAGCUUAAGGAUGAAUCACCUGUACCGUCUGCUCUUCAUAGCCUGUCUGACUUUGAUUUGUCGGAGAAGUCAUCUCUUGGAUCACCAGAGCACAGGCAUGACCUAAGAGAAGGACAGCAUGCCACAAUGGCACUUCUGCCAAGCCAAUUUCCCCCAGAGUUAUUAAUGGAGUACCUGAAUGAAAUUCGAAUCCUGAGACAACGUUUAGAAUACUCCAUAAAAAACAACGAGAGACUGAGGAAGCAGCUUGAGAGACAAGUAACAGACAAGGAGCUAGAUCAAGGUUCUGCAAACAAUUUUAUCCACGGCUCAGAGCAGCAUAAUUCUCUCACUUCUGAAGUACAUUUCCUGAGAAAGCAAAAUCAAGUUCUGAAUGCGAUGCUGGCAAAAGGAUCCAGAGAUAAACAAAAGGAAAAUGAAAAGCUAAGAGAAUCUCUUUCUAAAAAGAAUGCAAUCAUUGAACAUCUUCAUGAGGAUUAUGAAUGCAUCAAGAAAGAAAAUGAAAGGUUGCAAAAACAAAUUGGCAAAAAGGAGGAUGAAACCAGAUAUCUGACAUGUGAAAUUUACAGCAGUCGUAAUGAAUUAAACAGGUUGCAAACGGAAAUGAAUGUAAAGCAGCAUCAACUCUCUGAGAAUGAGAAGUUACUGCAGUCGCUCCGAACGGAGAUCAAAGUUUAUGAAAAGCUGGAGGAAGCAAGGAGGAAGAGGACAGAUCCCAGAUGUGAUGCAUCAGAAGAAUUUCGAAAAGAUCAGAAUAAUCCCGUUGACUUACAUGAACUACUGACUGAAAUACAGAGUUUGCGUGUACAGCUUGAAAGAAGCAUAGAGACAAACAAGACUUUGCAUGAAAAAUUGGAGGAGCAGCUUUCAAAAGAAAAGAAGGAGGAAAUGGGAUCGGUGUCAGCUGUGAAUAUCAAUUAUCUUUUCAAACAAGAAUCUCAGCAUUAUGCAGGAAUGAACGAAGAUCUUUGCAAAUGCCCUGCUGCCAGCAGAAACAUUUGUGAGCUGCAGAAGCACGGAAGUGGCGUUUUGCUGGCAAAAACAGGUACAUCCAAAGGUACACGCUCUGCCUCUAAAGAUGACUUAGACUGCUGCAGUACCUCAUCUUCUGGUACAUCAUGCACCCCUCGUCUCGUUCCUGGGCAUCGGAUGUGGGCAGACAAAAAUGGGCGCCACGUCCUUGGUUUGAUUGAGGAUUACAAUGCUCUCCGGAAACAGAUCUCAGAAGGACAACAGGUUUUGGGAGAAAUGGAGGUUACUUUAAGAGAGGUCACUGGUACGAAGCUGCAGGAGCCAGGAAUAAAGGUACCAGACCAAGCAUCACUGCGAAGCUUUUCUGCAAGCACUAACACGGUGCAGCAGAUUUUAGAAGAGGCCGCACGUUUAUUGAAGCUUCUUUGGAGAGUUUCCCUUCCAAUGAAAGCAGAACACAGUACAGCUCACGGCACUCAGGAUGAAGGAAUGAAAGCAGAAAUACUUAGAUUACGGAAGAAACUGUCUGAGCAAGAAAAGAAGUUACACAGCACGGUGAAACGUUUGCACUCCACAAACCAGCUGAAAGAAAACAUGGAGAAAGUCAUCAUUGACCAGUUGGUUUUAACUCAUGAUGUCCUGAAGAAGGCGAGAGGAAACCUGGAAGUCCCAGCAGCCGACAAUCAAAAACCAGCUUCCUAUACCAGCAAGAAAAGGAUGCUCUGAAGGAGAAAGGCCCACUAAUAAUAAAAACAGACCAUUCCUCUGCUUGAUGGUUGCUUCUUUAUGCCUUACUAUUUAUUGAUGUAAAAAAAUGUUCAUUCAGCCUCUUUUAAUGGAAUCUUGUUUUGGGAAGAGCAAGGAACAAAAAAAAAAACAACCCUAUUUUGGUAAAUAACUUAUUUAACAUUUUCUGUAAUGUAAAAGAUGUUGGUUUUUAAUAUUUAUUAUGAAAUCACGGUACUGAAGCUAUUGAAAAAACCCACCUUUUUUUAAAGCUGGCUCCUUUGAGAUUUUAUAUUUCACGUUGUCCGGCUGUUUGUUGUUGUAGUCAAACAGGUCCUGAGAGAACCAAGAGCUCCAUCUUCCAGCCCCUUUCCCCACUUCUGAAAUGAUAGAACAGAGCUUAAGGAAGAACAGUUCUGCCAGCUGUCCUUGCUUUACAGUAAUGCAAAUAACCAGUGUUUUAAAGCAUUGAGACCUCAGCUGGAAGGUUGUUCUGGAAGCCACCUCCUUCUGUGCUUCCUCACUGCCCUGGUAGGAAGAUUGAUGCUAUCUCUGAAAAUAUUACUUAAGAUCUGAUCAUUUAAUUAAAUUUUUCUAAUAACCACAAA